GCAGGGGAAGGGGGCGGGCCCGGGCGAGCCUUGGGCAGGCGGUGGAACGGGAGCGAGACCUGGGGACCGGGAGCAGCAAUUCAAGCACCAUGACUCUUCAGCGGGAGCUGAGCCGCUCGCAGGUGUGCGGGAUGAUGCGUGAGGAGCUGUGCCAGGGCAAGGACUUCCUCCAGUCUGACACCCACAUCUUCAUCAUCAUGGGGGCCUCGGGUGACUUGGCCAAGAAGAAGAUCUACCCGACCAUCUGGUGGCUCUUCCGGGAUGGCCUCCUGCCCGAUGACACAUACGUGGUGGGCUACGCCCGCUCCCAGCUCACUGUGGCCGACAUCCGCAAGCAGAGCCAGCCCUACUUCAAGGUGGAGCCAGAUGAGCAGAAGAAGCUGGAGGAGUUCUUCGCCCGGAACAGCUAUGUGUCGGGAACCUAUGACCACAGAACCUCCUUCCGGCAGCUGAACGCCCACCUGGACGCACUGCACAAUGGGGACAAGGCCAACCGGCUCUUCUACCUGGCACUGCCCCCUAGUGUCUACGAGCACGUCACCCGCAACAUCAAGGAGUGCUGCAUGGGUCAUGGGGGCUGGAACCGCAUCAUCGUGGAGAAGCCAUUUGGGAAGGACCUGGAGAGCUCCAACAAACUGUCCAAUCACAUCGCGUCGCUCUUCCGGGAGGACCAGAUCUACCGCAUUGACCACUACCUGGGCAAGGAGAUGGUGCAGAACCUCAUGGUGCUGAGGUUUGGGAACAGGAUCUUCGGCCCUGUGUGGAACCGGGACAACGUGGCCUGCGUCAUCCUGACCUUCAAGGAGCCGUUUGGCACGGAGGGGCGAGGCGGCUACUUCGAUGAGUUCGGGAUCAUCCGCGAUGUGAUGCAGAACCACCUGCUGCAGAUGCUUUGCCUGGUGGCCAUGGAAAAACCGGCUUCCACCGACUCAGAUGACGUGCGGGAUGAGAAGGUGAAGGUGCUGAAGUGCAUCUCGGAGUUGCAGCUGGGCAAUGUGGUGCUGGGCCAGUAUGUGGGGAACCCCGAUGGGGUGGGCAAGGCCCGGAAGAGCUACUUGGAUGAUCCCACUGUCCCCACUGGCUCCAGCACGGCCACCUUCGCUACCGCUGUGCUGUACGUGGACAACGAGAGAUGGGACGGCGUCCCAUUUGUGCUGCGCUGUGGUAAGGCCCUGAAUGAGCGCAAGGCCGAGGUGCGGCUGCAGUUCCGGGACGUGCCGGGCGACAUCUUCCAGCGGCAGUGCAAGCGCAAUGAGCUGGUGAUCCGGGUGCAGCCCAAUGAGGCCGUCUACACCAAGAUGAUGACCAAGAAACCUGGCAUGUUCUUUGACCCCGAGGAGUCGGAGCUGGACCUGACCUACGGCAACCGCUACAAGGAUGUGAAGCUGCCGGAUGCCUAUGAGCGACUCAUCCUGGAUGUCUUCUGUGGCAACCAGAUGCACUUUGUGCGCAGUGACGAGCUGCGUGAAGCCUGGCGCAUUUUCACUCCACUGCUGCACAAGAUCGAGUCUGAGAGGAUCAAACCAAUACCAUACUGCUACGGCAGCCGGGGCCCACCUGAGGCGGACGAGCUGAUGAAGAGAGUUGGGUUCCAAUACGAGGGCACCUACCGCUGGGUGAAUCCGCACAAGCUCUGA